CUUGUGUACAGGGGAAGCUUUAAUAUGACGCACACGCGAGGAAAGGGAGGUAACAGUUGAAGGGUACUGGAUGUUCGAGGUUUGUUAUGGCAUCCAGUGUAAACAUUAAAAAUGGACUUUUUAACACCAAAAAAUCCCUUCGGUUAAAGAUUCCCAGUUUCAUACGUAUACAGAGGCCAACAGAGAUCAAAUGCCUUAGAGCGUUAACAAAUUCGACAAGUCAACACAAUGAAAAAUACUGCUUUGAUAUUGUAAGGAAUAGGGACUAUGAUGGAUUUCUGUGCUCACUGCUUCUACCUGAUGCUGCUCGCCGCUCUUCAUUGGCACUGAGGGCCUUUAAUGUAGAACUUGCACAGAUAAAGGACUCAGUUUCCCAGAAAACCAUUGGUUUAAUACGGAUGCAGUUCUGGAAGAGCGCUGUGGAGGAUAUUUACAGAGAUGACCCUCCAGCCCAGCCCAUAAGUGCAGAACUAUGGAGGGCAGUUAGGAAACACACAUUAACAAAGAGGUGGAUGUUAAGAAUUAUAAAUGAAAGAGAGAAAGACAUUGAGGACAGAGCGUACAGGAACCUUCAAGAGUUAGAGGCAUAUGGGGAGAACACACAGUCCUCUCUUCUCUACCUGCUGCUGGAGACUCUUGGUGUAAGAAACGUCCAUGCAGACCACGCCGCCAGUCACAUUGGCAAAGCCCAGGGCAUCCUGACCUGCCUCAGGGCCACUCCCUACAACAGCAGUAGGCGCAAGGUCUAUCUACCUAUGGACAUCUGCAUGCUGCAUGGCGCCUCUCAAGAGGACUUUAUCCGAGACAGCAGAGAGCAGAACGUCAGGGAUGUUGUGUAUGACAUUGCCAGCCAAGCUCAUGUUCAUCUCCAACACGCUAGAUCCUUCAGCAUGGACGCUCCACGUGCAGCCAUGCCUGCCUUCCUGCAAACAGUUGUUCUUGAGGACUAUCUGCACCGAGUGAGAAAAGCAGAUUUUGAUGUGUUCCACCCCAGCCUACAGAAGAGAAAUCCAAUGCUUCCAUUUCAUCUGUAUUUACGCUCAUGGAAGAAGACCUACUGAUGUGUUUCAUAUGCAGACUAACUGUCUCUCCAAACUUGAGAUAUAAACAUUGCCUGACUUGAUUAAAUCAUCAGUAGUGCUAAAAAAUGUUUCUCUUUUAAUGCCGUUACUCUAGACGAAGGAAAAUUUCAUAAAAAAUAAAUUAAGUUCGCAGAGAAUCACAGAACUAAAUAUUAAAUACAUGAAAUGUAACGUGUGUGAAACCUUCAAAGUUAAUCAAAAAUAAUAACCCUCAAUUUUACAGUGAAACUCAUUUUGAGAAAAAAAGAACAAUUAGUUUGUUCAAGCUGUUCAUACAGCGGCGGAAAAUAUUAAGAGACAAUUUCAGAGACAGUUUUUCUGCUUUUAAAAUGUACUAUUUAUAGGUAUGUGUUUCGGUGAAAUGAUCAUUUUUGUUUCAUUCUGUGAACUACAAACAAUAUUUAUACCAAUUUUCAAAUAAAAAUAUUGUUUAUACUUGCAUAAAAUGAAAACUGAAGAAACAGGUAACAAAUAACAGAAAAUAGACUCUAUAUUUUUUCAGACCUUAAAUACUGCAAAGAAAACAAGUUCAUAUUCACUUCUAAGCAAUACAGCAGUGAUAACGGUGUAUUUAGGUCAAGUUUUUAGGUUAAAAAAAAUGUAUGUGAUAACCUCGAUUUUAAUCACAGUUUUAUCUGGCUUGUCAUGCUGUCAGUGUUUCACAUUGCUGUUGGAUGACUGUCACUCCUGAGGUUUGAUCUUGUUGAAAUUGACACUGGACUGGAAUGGCCACAAUACAUCUAGAAAUGCUGAUUUGAAAUGAAAAUUUGGAAUGGUCUCUUAAUUUUUUCCGCGGCUGUAUGUGCAUAGUGUUGGUGGCAUGAAAUGAACAACAAACAAAAAAAUUCACAACUCUGAAUGUGGAAUGUGUUUUAAUGUAUUCAGUUAUGUAAGGCAUUUGCCUAUUGGCAACAGUUUUACAUAUUUUAGUUGAGAAAAGACUUUCAUGCACCUCCUGAUGAGCAGGGUCAACAAUUCUAUUUCAGAGUGCUAUUCCUAUUUUAGGGGGGCAAUCAUUAGUUUGUUUACUCAUAAAAAUUCCGGCCGCCUACUGGCAAAAACCCUUAUCUGAGCAACAAGAAAGCAGGUGCUGGCUGCUAUAGUGAGCAUUUAAAUGUAAAUGCAAAAGACAUCUUGUGGUUCAGGAAGGCGUGUGCUGAACUUGCCGGUUGCCACACACCUUCAUUUAAUCCUUUUUAAAGUUUUUGUAACAAGAAUUAGCAUAAGACCAUCAUAUGAUCUUACUUUGUAAUUUCUCAUUAAAAUGUAUUUGAGAGUUAGUCUAAAGUCUAAUUAUAACUCUCAUAUUAGGGUUUUUAUUAAAGAAUUGACAGUGAAGCUGGGUUUCAGCCUUUCAAAUGUCAAUGUAAUUACAAUGGAUGGACUAUAUGCACACGUUACUUCCGCGUUUCACGGGAAGAACCCUAUGCAGUUUCCGGUUGGGGAGAAUUAAAGCAGAGAGAAAUGGGAAAUGAGAAAAUAGUUACAUUUAGCAGAUGCUGUAUAGAAGUGCUGUUCAACUGUAUUUGAAAUGAUACUUUCAUAGUUUACAUUUCGUUAGCUUCAAAUACGGUAGAGCGCCACUUCUAUAUACCACCGCAAUGCUAAAUUUAACUAUUUUCUCAAUUUCUAAUUUCUUUGCUUUAACAGUACGUUUACACGAUAAAAAACGGAAAUGUUUUUCCGUUUUUGAAAAGUUUAACGUACACACGACAGUGUUAUCAAAACGAUCUGCAUUCACAUGGAUCCGGGAAAACGAUAAAAAUAUGUAUUAUGCAUGCCAGGCCAGUGGAUGGGGCUGUUGCGCUAUAAAGAAACCCUGAUUGCGCACAUCUGCAUACACUGUUUUAGUCUAAGAGCGUUUUAAAAACACUUUGUCGGCAUGUAUGUGUGUUUACAGUAGUGUGCAUAUACAUACUAUGUCUCCGCUGGUCGUAGUGGUGCAGUAAAUCUACUUUUUGCUGCAGAAAUGAUGAUAAGUAUGUCACGCAGCACAAACAUGCAGCAUUGGAGGCCCGACAUUAUUGUUUGGGGAAUACUCGCACAUGUCUACAGACUGAACGCGCAACACGCAUGCGUAUGACGUAAUCAUUUUUGGAAAACGCCGCCUUCAGAGUUUACACGGGGAACGAUAAUACUGUAGUUUUUCAAAAACUUGCACUUUGAGACCCGUUUUCAAAAGUUUGCAUUUUCAGUCCUCCAAAAUGCCGUUUUUAUGUAAAUGAACAGCCAAAACACAUAAAUAGUUUUGCGUUUUUAGUUGAAAACGGUCUCAUGUAAACGGCCUCUGUCUCACCUACCGGAAACGCGGAAGUCACGCGUGCAUAGAGCCCAUUGGUUUUUACUUUGUGGUAUUUCUGAAUGGAUUAGUGCUAUAGCAAUUGUGAGAAUAAGAAAAAUUGGGUGACUAGAAAGGCUGUGCAAUUACACAAAGUAUAGAAAAUGCUUUUUUUCCUAACAAUGCCAUCCUGCAAGUAGAGAAUAUUCAGGUUCAAAAAGUCUUUUAAAUGGGUUACCAAUAAAUUCAAUAUCUUGUGGUAGGCCAUUAUUUCUCAAAUAACAAUUCUAAUAAGCACAUUUAAGGCUUAAAUUUGUUCUCAAAUCUCAGUCAGCAGAGGGUCAGUGAUUAAAGUCUGGCCUAGAGGAAUGGAGACACAUUACAAGUAAUUACCAUCUGGAAAACCUGAAACAGGUCAGGGUCUGACUAAAUCGUUCUUUAAUUUUUCAAAAGUGAGCAGAGAUGACCUGAAUGGAGACCUUGGGCUGAUGUUCUACUUUGCAUGAUUGCUCGUUACUCGGUGGUUUCUAUCUAUUUGUUCUAUAGGCUACUUGUUCUUCAAGUAUAUUUUUUAUUGUGACAUGUAAAUAUUACUGUGUCAAUAUGAUAAGGCCCAAGAGAUGCUCUUUUAAUAUUUUUUGUCUGAGAUAUUGUUGAUGUAGAGGUUUAAACCUUUCAUGUUUUAGCGUUUUCUGGCCGGUGGAGAUUGGUGACAUUUAAAAACACAUUUCUGGACCUCUUUAAUGGAACUGACAGUGUCUGUAUUCAAGGUCCAACAUGGUCAUCUUCACAGAUAAUUAUAAAACGUCUCAGUUGCCAGGAUGGAUUAAAGUUUGCAGAAGAAGGGGUGAAAUAGUUCAAUAUUUCUCUUUUAUUUAAGCGUAUAGUUAUCUGGCUACCGUCAUUCAUUAACACUGUAGUCUUUCUAUCAAAAAAGGAUUUACACUGUAAAUGCCAAACGUUUCAAAAGAGGAAUAACACUUCUCUUCAGACAUUAAAUUACUUCAUUAAGUUCCAGCAGCUGGUGAAGUUAGAAGCUUAUUUGAUUGUGUGAACAUUCUUCUUUUUGCUCAAUGCGCCACAAAUGCAAAGCGUGAAAAAGAGCAAAAAUUAUAAUUAGCGUGUGAGGUCGUAAGUUCUCCUCUGCAAUCUGAAUGCUACAGAAUCAGCAUAUUUGAACAAAGGAUCUGUGCACCACUUGUUCUAUAGCGCUACAUUUUCUUGCUAUUGCACUAUACAUGGAUCUAUGUGUCUGCUUUGCCUGCAUAUAUACUUCUCAUGUUCUUACACCUUGUCAUAAGUAUUUCAACACCCAGAAGCAUUGUAAACAGUGUGAAUGACAAAUAAACUGCUUUACUUUUCUUUGACAUUUGUCAAUAGAACAGAUAAUAAGAUUUUCUCAAAAGCCUCAGCGCUUUCCUCAAACAUUCUUGCAUUUUAUUUAAUUUGUUUGCUGUAGUCAUAGAGCUGAUCUUAUAACUGAUCAGCCCAAUGAAAUUGAAUAUACUGUACAUUGAAGCUCAAAUGGAAUUGCAAUUAAGACUCUGAAAAAUAAAAGAUGCAUUUUAUUUCCAUUCAUUUUCACUCAAAUAAAACCUUAAAUUUGUUACAGAAUUCCUCCAUGAAUUUCCGAGCCUGUACAAAUUUUGUUCUCCCAGCCACUGUAUUCUAUUAGAUUGCUGGCAUAUGAAGCUAUUAAAUGCAUUUUAUCCCUUACAUCUCUGCCAUGUGUAAUGAGGGGUAUUGUGUCUCUGAUCUACUGUUCUGACAUUUAACUGUCAUUGCUCAUUUCCGCAUGGAUUCCAUCAAAGCAAUUUUCUUCAAGCAGUGAAAGAGUAGACAUGUAAAAGAGUUUAUUGAUUGUACAAGUUUUGAAAUAUGAAAAAAAUUACAAACGUGCUGAAGUUCUUCUGGAUUUGGUCAUUGCACCACUUAUUGUGUAACUAUAUUUUUUAUUUUCAAAUAAAUUUCGUUUCAUUUUCUUUUAAAGGGGUCAUGUUUGUAUCUCCUCUUGGCCCCGCCUCUCUAAAACGCGCAGAUUUUUUACAAAGCUCAUCGCUCUGAAAAGCGAGGUGUGCUAUGAUUGGCCAGUUAACCAGUGUGUAGUGAUUGGUCAAAUACUGCAAGCGUGUGACGGAAAUGUAACGUUCUUACCAUAUUUGGAACAUCAGGUACCAAAGCAAUUGUACUGACAGGUACGCGCACCUUACUUGCGUAUACAUUUUGGUGGUCUUGGUCAAAUCAUACCAUGAACCAGUAGCGUAGCCAGAAAAGAGACUCUGGGUGUGCAUUUGAAAAACUGGGUGUGCCACAUUUAUUAACAGAUUAAAGUGCAAAAAACCCAACUCUGCAUAUAACGUUACAGAAUACACUGGGCUGAUGUGUAAAACUAAACUCGCCACAUAUCCAUAAAUAUUGUAAGUAAACAACAAUAGCACGAGUAUAAUUGUUUUUAUUAAAACCCUUUCACACGUAAGUUUAAAAUUUUCAGAAUAACUCCCUGGCGUGAGUUUUUUUCAAGGCAACCGUUAGAACUUAUCACUUUAAUAUUUCCAUGGCGACGCGGGACUGCUUAUCAUGUGACAGACACACCGCAGAACGACAGCAGCUGUAUGACUGAUGUAUUGAUUUUACGUAAUUUUUCUUUUUUAUUCAAAAUAUUCACAAACUUGUUAACUAUGAUAUGAAAUAUCUGAUAUUCCGAUUGUCAAAUAUAUGUAUAUGAAUGUGUUUUGUUGUUUAAACACUUUUAUAAUGAUCGCGUUAGUUGAGCUAACAGUCAUGUUUGUUUGUGCCGCAUUUACAGCACGUGAAUUUAAAUGUAUGAAGCCUAAAAUAAACAUUAUGUGAU